AAAACGACUUAUAUUAAAUUACAGCACGCGGCUGAAUAGAUUAGCAUUUAAGGGAAUAAAAAAAUACAGCACGCGGCUUUAAAAAGAGAGAAUAGAUUUUGUGGAGAAUGUUUUUUUUAACAGAAAAUCUUAGACAUCUCCUUUAUAUUAUUAUUAUAUGUGUAAGAUGAAUUAAGUCACGUGGUACAGUUAUAUAAUGGAUAUCCGUGAUUGACCUUUUUAUGAUACAAUGUCUUCGAAGUUUAGAUCCAUUGCUCCAAGGACUUUCACUACCUCAAUUUCAAAAGCAAACAAACAUGAUGUGUUAACCCAAAACCACUAAAUAUCGUGAAUGCUAAAACAAAAAGAAUUGAUUACAAAAACAGUUUGCCCACAAAAACGAAUUAAUACAUGCAUUAUUAAACAAUAAUGCUAAGAAAUGUAGGUUUGUAAACGUAAAUGCAUUCAGAACCUUACAUAAACACUCGUUAAUGGAAAAAUAAUUAAAAAAAAUCCAGUCCGAUGUUUAAAUUUUUUUUAUUAUAUUAACCGUCUUGGGACCGGAAAAUUGUUGCAUGCUCUACAAACUAAAUCGAUCAGAUGAUUUGAACCAUAUCAAAUAAACGGUUAAUAAAUAUCCCACGGAAAACUAUGGCCAAGAACAAAUAUUGUAUGAAAAUAAAUUUGAUUAUUAGUUAAUUUUAUUUCAGAGUUAAUCAAUACUCUACAAAAAUGUAGAACAAGUCUUGAAAUAGAUACAUUUUGUUAGAGAAAACUUUCUAUAACAAUGGAUUAAUACAUUUUGUUAGAAAUAACUCAAGAGUUAAGCGCGUUUGAAUUUAAGUAGUAAAAAGAUAAUUAACCUAUCAAAUGAUUUACCAUAUUGUGUGAAUGGAACCAAAACACAAAGAAAUGUCAUGUAGUUGAUUACAUAGUUAAUAAAUAAGUCUUAGAAGCCUCCAUUAAUAUACCGCCCUGCACACAUAUGAAGCACAUAGACCGAGUGAGUAAGCGUGGAAAAUUCAUUAGCCGUAGCCGGUCAAGCGUUACAAUAUAACUUAGUUUAGUUUCAAAAAGUAAUACUGUAUAUAUAGCUAAUCUUGUGGAAUUCAAAUUUUGUUUAUCGUUUAACUAUAGUAUGGGUGGAAUAUUCUCUUUUAAAUUUUGUUAAUUAAUUGGUUGGUUAAUAGUAAAUAAGUAUGUGUGGGUGUGGGAGUGGGAGUGAUGGAAGAAACUAGUGAGAGAAGAUUGGUGGGUGCGCGUGCAGCUCUCUAUACGUGGGAUUGUGGUCAUAAUUCUUACUGCGCUGCUACCCUAAAACAUUUCCUCCCUGUGGUAGGAUAAUCAUCAACCCAUAUUUCAUGUUUUUCUCUACAUUCCAUUCAUGUUAUUCCAUUAGGUGUCAGCAGUUCGGCUGGUUUUGGUUACUAUGGUAUUUUAGUUUAGUCCAAAACUUUAUUUGUUGAUUAAAAGUUUAGUCCAAACUAUGCGGGUUUCUUUACAAAUCUGAUGUCCUUAAUCAUGCUUGACACAUAAGAUAUUGAGAGUUUUUUUUGUUUUUCAACAUAAAUAUAUCUAAGAAAAUUAACCCAUGAUUGGUUUAUAUAAGAUACAGUCAUAUCAACACUACUCCACGUCGACUACCAUAAUUGUAUAACUUUUAUAUUCUAAUUAUCACAACCCAAUCAAUCGUUUAUUUGUUUAUAUUAUACUACGGUUCAGUUUAUAAGUUUAUAACUGUGGUAAUUUUUGGAAAAAAACUAACUUAAAUUAAAAGCUAAGAAUACCAUCUAUAGUAACGAGGAAGAAAUUUUAAGCAUUAAGACCAAUCGAUUACUUUUCUUUUUUAGAAUAUAAAGCUAUAGACAAACUAUCUGGUCCCAAAUCCUUUUUACCUAUGAACUCGUAUAUUGGUGACUAUGUAAUAAUCAUCAUAGUUUAGUCUACCAAAUGAAGUAGAAGCAUUUAUCAAAAGGUUAUCGUCUGCUCAAGUCAAUGAAUUCAUGCCUUGCUUAGUUUUUGCUCUUUUAUGGGAUAACUGUUUUUGUAAUACUGUUUAAAAAUGGCAUAACUAGAUGGAAAGAUAUUAGAUAUUUAAUUAGGAUGAUUUAUUAAUGUGCAUGAAAUGAGGUCUAUGUAUAUCAGGUACAUGAUUGAAUAGUUAGGUGAGACUCAAAUAGUUCAUCUAUUUAGGUGUUGAUGUCGGGGGAUCCUCCAAAUUUAUUAUUAGGUUCAGGUUCAAAUUCAAGUAAUUCAGAUAAUAUGAUUAAAUUUAUAAUUUAUCAGUUAACCUUUGAGUUUUUGACCUGAUAUAUAUUAUAUAUAGCAAUGGAGUCAACCAAGAGUAAACUACUGGAAUUGGAGGUGAUUCCCACAAGUCACAAGUACAUGGAUUUUUUUUUUUUUGAAAAAAAGGGUUUAGUACAUGCAUUUCUAAUGAUAAUUUUGGCAGAUUAUAUAUAAUUCAUGCAAAAAAUAAUGGAUAAUGAUAAUGCCGGAAUACAGAGUUAGACAUCAAAUUGCAUGGAGAAUAGAAAUGAUGUUGAAAGGGCACUUUUGGUAUCACGUAAUGAAGCAUUCAUUUCAUUCCUUCCUAAUAAAAUUGUAAAGGGAAAAUAUAUAAUUAGCAAGUUGCCACGCCUGAGCAUUUUUUAUUUGGUAGUAGUUUGUUUUUCCGUUAAUUCGAUAAGUUCCCGCCCGACAAAUUUCUGAACCAACGAUCUAACAAACAUAUAAGACAUUUGUAAUUGAAGUAAAACCUGAUAAACUAAAAAACCGGUUAAUAAUAAUAACCAUCCGAUUCAGAUGCUUUUACCGGUAAAUUAUUAUUAAUAAAACGCCUAUAGUUGCAAUGAUAUAUUUGUGAAUCUAGCUCCAUAGAUUUACUGGAUGAAUAAGUUGACUUUAAGCAUAAUCUUACUUGAUCCUGAUUUCUUAACAAUACUGUAUAUUGGACGAUAAGCAUACAAUUUACUAUGAAUAAUUAAAUGGCGGCUGGUUAAUGUGUAAGUCUGCAGUGAUCAGGGUUGUCAUUGGUAGUGGACAAUUAUAAGAGUGCUUAAUGUCCAUAAAUCUUUUCAUUUGAACCUAAAUCAAGUAUCUAAUGAAACCAUAUACUAGCAAAAAAAAUAUAAAGAAUCAGAAACCAUACCACAUUUUAACAUAAUUUAUAUCAUUAAAUUAUCUGAAGCAUGCAAAAUAAUAAACAUAAAUGAGCGUAAAUUUCUCUAUCUAAUGAAAAUUUGAAUGCAGAUAUAAACUAUAAAACUAAUACACAUAUUAAGUUGCAAUUCAUUUAAUAUUAUUCAAACUCGAGAAAUAAACAUAUAUUAUUGAAAUGGCAAAUCUCCAAAAUAGCACCUUUCUAAGUUUAUAUCACAAAAAUAGCACUCAACAACUAAAAUGACCAAAAUAGCAUUUUAUCUUUUGAAAAAUUUAAAUUUUUUUAUUUUUCAAAAUUUGAAAUCUUAUCCCCAAAACCUCACUUCUCAACUCUAAACCCUAAAACCUAAAACCUAAACUCUAAACCCUAAACCCUAAAUUCUAAACCCUAAACCCCACCCUUUGAAUGCUAUUUUUGUGACUUUUAGCCUUAAGUGCUAGUUUGGAAACAAAAACUUGAUUUAGUGCUAUUUUAGUUUUUUUCUCUUAUUGAAACUCGGAUUAAAAAUACCAAAUAGUAGUGUUGGACGAGCGAUUAGUUAUGAAUACCAACAAUCUAUCUUUCAUUCUGUAACUAUACUCAUUUUCUCUUUUGGUGUCACUAACUAUUCUUUGUUUCAACUUUAUUUAUUACGUUUUAGCAGUCUUGAUCCCUCUCCGGUAAUAUACACAUAAGGAUAUGACCAAGCUAGUUGUGGUCAAAUGAAUUGAGGGGUAAAUGUUUAAUGAUUCUUGUUAAGGCAACAAUAUGGACUUACUUAUGAUUCGAACUUUAAUAAGGUCUCUCUAAAGCUAGCCCCCAACAAAAUCAUCUUCAAAUUAGCACACGAUUUAUCAUUUCUCUUUCCAACCAAAAAGAGCUUCCUGCUACAUCCAAUUAUUCAUUCUUUUCGUCAUGUAUGAAGUAUUCAAUUCGAAAUUUUUCCAUAUGUUUGGGAAAAAUAUAUCUGACUCAGGAUGUUGUUCUUAUCUUCUCUUAGAUUUUGGAGCUUGAAUAUGUAUGUUUCUCGUAUUAUACGGCUUAAACUUCCAUAUUGAAUAACAUGUUUUUGGUCAAAACCAUAUUAAAAAAAUAGAUAAGGUUUACGUGCAUAUAUAUUGAAAUAAACAAUUAAUUUUAACCUUUGGUUGCAUCUGUAUGUGCAUUAGCAAUUGUUUGACACACAAGCCACUAAAAUUGAUGUUUCUUGCAGACACUUGUUCCACUGCCUUUCAAGAUCUUUAUAGUGUGUGUGUGUGUGUUUAUACAUAUAGCUAGUCAGAUUAUAUUAUUUAAUAUGCGCCACGUAAAAUGGGUCCUUUAUUUUGGCAUGAUGAGUGAUAGGUAACGUGUAUUUGGAACCAAUUACGAAGAAACUAAUAUUUGUGCUAAGAAUAUUUUAGAAGGUUACGGUCGACAACGAUUUUGAGUCUAUUCAAGCCAAAAGGUGGAAGUAUCGUAGUUUAGUGGCUAAGAUUUAAAAGGUUCUAUAGCUAGAUUUGAGUUUUCAAUCUCAAACAACAUAACUUUUUAUAGAUUAUAGGAUGCAAAAUUUAACGGAGCUUUUAAAGUGCGAGUAUUGCAGGCAGAGUCGUUCGUUAUAGUCGUAUUCUGAGUAUGAGUACUGCGGGCAGAGACUUGUUAUGGUCGUCUGCUGUAGAAAGAGCAUGUCCAUCGAAAAUGUUGUACAUGCAUAAUUAUCCGUUGAUUCAAGAGUUUUGGAGAGAAUUUCAUCGUGAAAUCAUUAUCCAUGAUCAUUAUAUUAUAUGUAAUAGAAUUAGAAAUUAUAUAAUGAUGUAAUUGUUUUUCAUUGUUUUUUUUUUAUAACCGUAGUGUGAUCCCAAAGGCUUUCUAGGCCCAAGGACUAAUCACUACAAGUUUUGCAGGAUCCGCAUUUUCGUAUCACUUAAAGCGCUCCGGAUGGCCAAGAGGAAUCAAAUCCAGAGAGCGGUACUCACAACUGUGAGUCUUUUACCAUUAGGCCAAGACCACUUGGUUAAUUGUUUUUCAAUGUUAAAAAUUCAAAAUCUAAAAUUGAGCACAGAGCAAAUAUCUAGAUUUUUGAAGAUAUCUAUAAUUUGGUACAUUUUGUCUGGAUAAUCAACUCUCUGAUCCACUCCGUAAUUAUCCAGAUAUUCAAUUUCAGUCUUUGAAAUACAAGCUAUGCAUCCAGGAUGGAUCCACUUGAAGAGGCAACGAUUCAAUUGACACCGGUAAAAUAACAAAAACUAUAAUUUGUAUGAUUUAUACAUCAAUAAAUUACAGUUGGUCUUAAUUUAACAUUGACCCCCCCCCCAGACCAGGGUUUGAUUCUCCCCAAAGACACCUCUGACCCCAGUACCAUCUUUUGUUGGAUCCACCACUCUACACAUCUCACUCUUCCAAUUAUCCCCAAAAGUUUUUGUACAAAGGUCAGAAACGCACAACCCAUUACAAAAAUUUCUCAUUACAGAACACAAGAAAACAUAACAGAAUCAGAAACGCAUACUCAUUAGAUCUCUCACAUACACACAUAUUCAUAGAUACAUACACGCAUACAUACAUACAUACAUUCAAACACGUAGAAAGCAGACACAAACUCUCAUCAUCUUUCUCGUUUCAUUAUGCCUUGCAAUCAUGAUAUUUUUGUCUCUUAACCCGCAUGCUCCUCCUUCUCUAUAUCCUCCAGAAUCUCUCCCUAUAAAUAUCACUUCUCCUCCACUGACCACCACUACCUCUCUCUUCUCUCUCUACAAACACACAUUCUCUCUGCUCUGUCCUAGCAACCCCCUCUGUUCUGUUAUUCUCACUCAUCUUCUUCUGACCUUGCAAUGGCAGUAUCCGGGUUCGAGGGAUUCGAGAAAAGACUCGAACUUCGUUUCUCAACAACCAAUAACAACCCAAUGGGCCUCCGUCUAAUCGACUUCGAAUCACUAGACCAAGUCCUAAACGAAGUGCAGUGCACCGUGGUCUCCGCCGUAGCGAACCACAGCUUCGACGCUUACGUCCUCUCCGAGUCGAGCCUCUUCGUCUACCCAACCAAAAUCAUCAUCAAAACAUGCGGCACCACGCAACUCCUCAAAUCAAUCCGACCGUUCAUCCACCUCGCGCGUACCCUCAGCCUCACGCUACGCGCGUGCCGCUACUCGCGAGGGAGCUUCAUAUUCCCGAAAAAGCAGCCUUUCCCUUACACUAGCUUCAAAGACGAAGUCGUCAUCGUCGAAGAAAGCCUCCCCAACUCCCUCCGUUACCGUAAAGCCUCCGUCAUGACGCCGUCUAAUAAUAAUAAUCCUUCACGUGCAUGGCACGUGUUCACAGCGAGCGCUGACGUGGAGCCUGACGAGCCGCUCGUUGUAGUCGAAGUAUGCAUGACGGAGCUUGACCGAGUCAACGCUCGGAGCUUCUUCAGACGGAAAGGCGACGGUAAAAACAGCGACGCCGCCGGGAAAGAGAUGACGCGGCUGAGCGGUAUAGAUACGAUAAACGCAAACGCGUUUAUAUGCGAUUUCGCGUUUGAUCCUUGCGGCUACUCGAUGAACGGCGUCGACGGAGACCGUUACUCGACCAUCCACGUCACGCCUGAAGACGGUUUCAGCUACGCGAGCUUCGAGUGCGGGUUGUCUCUCUACGACGACGGUCACGGAGAUAUCUCGGAGGUGUUGACCCGCGCCAUUGAUGUUUUCCGGCCGGAUUGCGUCUCAGUCGCCACCACUUACGGCGGCGAGGAUUAUAACCACGAGGUGACGAAGCGCGUGGAGCGCAUGUUGGCUAAGAAGCUCGGUCUUACGUGUCGGAGCAGGCUUGUGGAUGAGUUUCCGGGUUCCGGCACGGUUGUUUUUCAGUCGUUCACACCUCGCCGGCAAUAUUCUUCGCCGGAGGGAGGAGAACAGUAAAGAAAGGGUUUUAGGUUUUUAAUUUAGUUGAGAGGAGGAAGAAAAGGGGAGGUGAUGACGUGGAGGGAGAUGAUUGGUUGACUUGGGUAAGGAAAUAUAUAAGUGGGAACGUAUGAUCAUGCACCCCACUUUGCACUUGUGGCAAUGUCACGCCUAAGCAUUUUUGAGGUUCAGUGUUGUAGAAUUUUAGUGGGGGAUGGUAAAAAAUUGUCUGCUCUUUUUUUCCUUUUUUUUUCUUUCAUUUGUUUCUUAUGUUUGUUUUAAAAAGAAAUUAAAUUAUCUUAAAUAUCUGUAUCAGUCUUUUGUUAUACGGUUUAAUCGUUCUUA